GCAGUUCGCAGCGAGGGCGACGGCUCCGAGGCCGAGAGGCAGUCCAGCGAGGACCUGGGCGCCGUCCUCCGCAUGACCUCACCGUGAUCAACUUUUGUACCUUUUCCGAAUUCAAAGAUGGUGAAGCUAGAUAUUCACACAUUGGCCCACCACCUCAAGCAGGAACGCUUAUAUGUGAGCUCUGAGAAACAGCUCAUUCAGAGGCUAAAUGCCGAUGUACUGAAGACAGCUGAAAAGCUGUAUCGAACAGCGUGGAUUGCAAAGCAACAGAGGAUUAAUUUGGAUCGUCUUAUUAUAACCAGUGCUGAAGCUUCCCCUGCUGAGUGUUGCCAGCAUGCCAAGAUUUUGGAAGAUACACAGUUUGUUGAUGGAUAUAAGCAACUGGGAUUUCAGGAAACAGCUUAUGGAGAAUUCCUGAGUCGGUUAAGAGAAAAUCCACGACUUAUUGCCUCCUCUUUGGUUGCUGGAGAAAAACUCAAUCAGGAGAACACACAAAGUGUUAUCUACACUGUUUUUACCUCCUUGUAUGGCAACUGUAUUAUGCAAGAAGAUGAAAGCUACCUCCUUCAGGUUUUACGAUACUUGAUUGAAUUUGAACUUAAAGAAAGUGACAACCCCAGGCGCCUUUUGAGGAGAGGAACUUGUGCCUUCAGCAUCUUAUUUAAACUUUUUUCUGAAGGACUGUUUUCUGCCAAACUUUUCCUUACGGCUACUUUGCAUGAGCCAAUCAUGCAGCUCCUCGUAGAGGAUGAAGACCACCUGGAAACAGAUCCAAACAAGCUGAUAGAGAGAUUCUCUCCAGCUCAGCAAGAAAAACUCUUUGGAGAGAAAGGCUCAGAUAGAUUUAGGCAAAAGGUUCAAGAAAUGGUAGAUUCCAAUGAGGCUAAACUAGUGGCUUUGGUGAACAAAUUUAUUGGUUAUCUUAAACAGAAUACAUACUGCUUUCCACAUAGUUUGAGGUGGAUUGUGUCACAGAUGUACAAAACUCUUUCUUGUGUAGACAGAUUGGAGGUUGGGGAAGUCAGAGCAAUGUGUACCGAUCUUCUGCUGGCUUGCUUCAUUUGUCCUGCAGUUGUCAAUCCAGAGCAGUAUGGGAUAAUAUCUGAUGCUCCUAUUAAUGAGGUGGCAAGAUUUAACCUGAUGCAGGUUGGCCGCCUUUUGCAGCAGCUAGCAAUGACUGGCACUGAAGAAGGAGAUCCCCGGACCAAAAAUAGCCUUGGAAAAUUUGACAAAGGCUGUGUCGCUGCUUUCCUUGAUGUUGUAAUUGGGGGCCGUGCAGUGGAGACUCCGCCAAUGUCCUCUGUUAAUCUUCUGGAAGGCUUGAGCAGAACUGUGGUGUAUAUAAGUUACAGUCAGCUUAUUACUCUGGUAAAUUUUAUGAAGAGUGUGAUGUCUGGAGAUCAACUGAAAGAAGAUAGAAUGGCUCUUGACAAUUUGUUGGCAAACCUGCCCCAGGCUAAGCCAGGGAAGAGCAGCAGUCUGGACAUGACUCCCUAUAGCACUCCUCAGAUGUCUCCAGCAACCACUCCAGCCAACAAGAAGAAUCGAUUACCUAUAGCAACUCGGAGCAGAAGCCGAAGUAAUAUGUUAAUGGACCUACAUAUGGAUCAUGAAGGAUCAUCUCAAGAAACCAUCCAGGAGGUACAGCCAGAAGAGGUGCUGGUCAUUUCCUUAGGGACAGGCCCUCAGCUCACUCCAGGGAUGAUGUCAGAAAAUGAGGUUCUAAACAUGCAGCUUUCGGAUGGAGGACAAGGAGAUGUCCCUGUUGAUGAAAACAAACUCCACGGUAAACCUGAUAAAACCUUGCGCUUUUCCCUCUGCAGUGAUAAUCUGGAAGGCAUAUCUGAAGGUCCUUCCAAUCGCUCCAAUUCGGUGUCUUCUCUCGACCUGGAGGGAGAGUCUGUAUCUGAACUUGGGGCAGGACCUUCUGGGAGUAACGGAGUUGAAGCACUGCAGCUGUUAGAGCACGAGCAAGAGAAACCUGAAAUUAGUAUACAGUCAAGAUGAAAAGAAUCACAUCUUUGACAGGUGUUCUGGGUGAUUCCGGUGUAGGAGUGGACAGCCUUCACAUGUGAAAUACUAAGUUAAGUAAAUCAAAGGCUGGAAGUUGGCUCAGUCAUUUGUGACAAAACUUUUCCUGCAGAGACACAAUACUUGCCUAUUCAUUCCACUAUGGAGCCCACCAUAGACCAAAGUCCACGGUGAACCAUGACUUUUUUUUUAAAGAUUUAUUUAUUUAUUAUAUUUAAGUACACUGUAGCUGUCUUCAGACACUCCAGAAGAGGGAGUCAGAUCUUGUUACGGAUGGUUGUGAGCCAUCAUGUGGUUGCUGGGAUUUGAACUCCAGACCUUCGGAAGAGCAGUCGGGUGUUCUUACCCACUGAGCCAUCUCACCAGCCUGAACCAUGACUUGUAUUGGGGUUACUUAUAGGAGCAGAAAUGAUUCAAAGACCACUGCAUAAAGCCUACUCUAGCGUGGUUGACAAUUCACAAAGUUGGGAGCCUGGAGCACACUGCACAGCCUGCAGGCUGCUUAACAGGUUGGAGAAUGUCCUUUCCAAGUGACUCGGUGUACAACUCUCCCAGGCAGUUCAGCAGGUUUGUGCUGCUGCCAGGCAGCUGGUUUGGUCUCAGAUUCUUCUUUGCAGCUUGGCUUUUCUUGGUUCCAUUCAUCUGAGAUGAACUGCACUUUUACUGUUUAUACUGGCAUGGAGGGAGGGGCCUAGUGAAUCUGAUCAGUCUCAGGAACUUCCUAAAGCAAUUUUCAGUUACCUCCUGCUUAGAGAUUUCCUGCAGGAUACAAUGUUUAUAAUAUUAUCAAGAUAAUGUACUGCUCUUGCACAGUACUCUGGUUCAAUCCUAGCACCUUUAGGAUGGUUUAUAUGGGCUCUAGACACCAGGCUUGCAUGUGGUACACAUACAUACAUACAGGCAAGGCAUUAAUAUAGAUAAAAUAAUAAAAUAAAUAAAUCUAAAAAGAGGGUGAAUUGAAGCCUGGGCAUGAUGAUGCAUACCUUUAAUCCUAGCACUCAGGAAGCAGGCAAGCUAGCUUGGUUUAUGUAUAGAGACCCUAUCUUUAAAAAAAAUUAAAAAAACAAGCAAGCAAUCAAAUUGAGAGCUAGAUGUGGUAACCUAUGCCUGUAAUCCUAUUAUUGAGAGGGUGAAGUAAGAGGAUCAUAAAUUUAUGCUAUUUUGAGGCCUUGUCUUAUAAACAAAAACACCUACACCAAAACCCAAGUCAAAGUUUUACAAAAUGGAAAUUGACAAGAAUGACUUAUGGGUCUAGGUAGAAGCUCAGUGGGUAAGAGUGCUUGCUAUGCAAGCAUGAGUGCUUUAGUCUGAGUCUCUAGCAUCAUGUCAAAGCCAGGCGUAGCCAUGCGUGCCUAUACCCUCAGCACUGGGCCACAGACAGUGCAGGCCUUGAAGCGUGCUUAGCUGAAGGUGCUGAGCUUUCAGUUCAGUGGAAAGUGGAAAGCAGUGGCAGGGGUACCUCUGGCUGCUGAAUCCAUGUGCACAUCAUAUACACAGAGCAAGCUGAAGAAAAGUGAUCUGGGAAAGAAGGAAAACUCUAGAAUUUACACUUGAGCUAUUGCCAAGUGAAAUAGUUUACAUAUGGGUUUACCACCUAAUUAUUAGCACAAUGAUUGGAUCUGGUAAGCUACCCCAAAUAGUUAUUUUUACAUUCCUGUCUGGGUUAGUUUUUCUCAUUUAGACUGGGCACAUCUGUCUCCUUUCAGCAGUGGUAAGGUGGAGGUUGGGAGUGUGUGGGGGAGUCUCUACUAAUCUUAACUGGGUUAAUUAGUCAGUGGGGAGCAGGCUGGAACUACGUGCUUAUUAAUGAUAAAAUGAAUAACCUGACAAUUUUUUCAGGUUAACCAAGAAGUUGUAGCUGUGCCACCAUUUGUAAAGUGACUAAAUUUGUUUUUGAUAGCUACAACACAAGAUAAUCUUGAUGAUAAACUGAGGAAGUUUGAGAUUCGUGACAUGAUGGGACUAACAGAUGACAGGGACAUAUCCGAGACUGUGAGUGAGACCUGGAGCACUGAUGUCCUGGGAAGUGACUUCGACCCGAACGUUGAUGAAGAUCGUUUGCAAGAGAUUGCAGGUGCAGCAGCAGAGAACGUGUUAGGUAGUUUGCUGUGCCUUCCAGGUUCAGGGUCAGUUCUCCUUGACCCUUGCACUGGCUCUACCAUAUCAGAGACCACAAGUGAAGCUUGGAGUGUAGAGGUAUUGCCAAGUGACUCAGAGGCUCCAGACUUAAAGCAGGAAGAGCGCCUCCAAGAGCUGGAGAGCUGUUCUGGACUGGGCAGCACAUCUGAUGAUACGGAUGUCAGGGAGGUAUAAGUGCUACAUCGGAGGAUAUUCCCAAUAAGAUCGAAGACCUGAGAUCUGAGUGCAGCUCUGAUUUUGGGGGCAAAGAUUCUGUAACUAGUCCAGAUAUGGAUGACAUAGCCCAUGGCGCUCAUCAGCUGACCUCUCCUCCCUCUCAGUCAGAGUCUCUGCUUGCCAUGUUUGAUCCACUGUCCUCACAUGAAGGGGCCUCUGCUGUGGUAAGGCCAAAGGUUCACUAUGCCCGACCCUCGCAUCCACCUCCGGAUCCUCCAAUCCUGGAAGGUGCAGUGGGAGGAAAUGAGGCCAGGUUGCCAAACUUUGGCUCUCACGUUUUAACUGCAGCUGAAAUGGAGGCGUUCAAGCAGAGACACUCAUACCCUGAGAGAUUGGUUCGCAGCAGAAGCUCUGAUAUAGUGUCUUCUGUGCGGCGGCCCAUGAGUGACCCCAGCUGGAACCGACGUCCAGGGAAUGAAGAACUUCCUCCAGCUGCAGCCACUGGUGCUACUUCUUUGGUGGCUGCACCUCACUCGUCAUCUUCGUCCCCGAGUAAGGACUCUUCUAGAGGAGAGACUGAGGAACGCAAGGACAGUGACGAUGAGAGGUCAGACAGGAGCAGGCCUUGGUGGAGGAAGCGCUUUGUUUCAGCUAUGCCUAAAGCUCCUAUACCAUUUAGAAAGAAAGAAAAACAAGAAAAAGACAAAGAUGAUCUGGGUCCUGACAGAUUCUCAACACUCACAGAUGAGCCCAGCCCUAGGCUCAGUGCUCAAGCUCAGGUUGCUGAAGAUAUUCUGGACAAGUACCGGAAUGCCAUUAAACGGACCAGCCCCAGUGAAGGAGCAAUGGCAAAUGAUGAGAGUGCAGAGGUCAUGGGUGAUGGUGAAAGUGCCCACGACUCUCCUCGUGAGGAAGCACUGCAGAACAUCUCAGCCGACGACCUCCCGGACUCCGCCAGCCAGGCAGCCCACCCUCAGGACUCUGCUUUCUCUUACAGAGAUGUAAAAAAGAAGCUGAGGCUCGCACUUUGCUCUGCAGACUCUGUGGCCUUCCCAGUGCUAACUCAUUCAACAAGGAAUGGAUUGCCAGACCACACAGACCCAGAAGACAAUGAAAUUGUAUGCUUCUUAAAAGUUCAAAUAGCUGAAGCAAUUAAUUUACAAGAUAAGAGCUUAAUGGCUCAACUUCAAGAAACAAUGCGUUGUGUGUGCCGCUUUGACAAUAGGACUUGUAGGAAGUUGCUGGCAUCCAUUGCUGAAGACUACAGAAAAAGAGCUCCGUAUAUUGCUUAUCUUACCCGCUGCCGACAAGGACUGCAGACCACACAGGCUCACUUGGAAAGGCUCUUGCAAAGAGUUUUGCGGGACAAAGAGGUGGCCAAUCGGUACUUCACCACUGUCUGUGUGCGGUUACUGCUUGAGAGCAAAGAAAAGAAAAUCAGGGAGUUCAUUCAAGACUUUCAGAAACUUACUGCUGCUGAUGAUAAAACGGCUCAGGUGGAGGAUUUUCUACAGUUCCUGUAUGGUGUGAUGGCUCAGGAUGUCAUAUGGCAGAAUGCCAGUGAGGAGCAGCUGCAGGAUGCCCAGCUGGCCAUCGAGCGGAGUGUGAUGAAUCGGAUCUUCAAGCUUGCUUUCUACCCUAACCAGGAUGGGGACAUACUUCGUGACCAGGUUCUGCAUGAACAUAUCCAGAGAUUAUCUAAAGUAGUGACUGCAAACCACAGAGCUCUGCAGAUCCCUGAGGUUUAUCUCCGUGAGGCACCAUGGCCAUCUGCACAGUCAGAAAUCAGGACAAUAAGUGCUUACAAAACGCCCCGCGACAAAGUGCAGUGCAUCCUGAGGAUGUGCUCCACCAUCAUGAACCUCUUGAGCCUGGCCAACGAGGACUCUGUCCCCGGGGCAGAUGACUUUGUUCCUGUGUUGGUGUUUGUGUUAAUAAAGGCAAACCCACCCUGCCUGCUGUCCACUGUGCAGUACAUCAGCAGCUUCUAUGCCAGCUGUCUGUCUGGAGAGGAGUCCUACUGGUGGAUGCAGUUCACAGCAGCCGUGGAGUUUAUUAAAACCAUCGAUGACAGAAAGUGACCAAGACCAGGCCCACCAAGACAGCAGACUGUAGCCAGGAAACAGAUCUCUAGGAACAUGUAGCAGCUUCUUUGAAAGCUGAACAUUGUUUUGUCUAAUGCUCUACAGCUUCCAGACGUUUCCACAUGGCUCUUCCUAAGCAGAUUAACAAGCUACACGCAGGUCCUCGUUCCUUUCGGCCUUUCUGAGUUGCAUAUUUUAUUUCCUGACCCCAAGUAGAGAGUAGUACUGCAAAAGGGACCAUGUUUUUCAGGUGUUUUAAAUUUUUAAAAACCAGAACAGAAAUCUUUUAGGAAACGUCUAGAUCUUGGUUCAUGAAUUCCCUGUUCGUCCUUCUCAUUUUUAGAAAGAACAGUGUGCCCCUUCCAAGUUGCUGUGUGAGCGUUCGGUCGUGAGGCACCUGCACGGAGGGUCUCAGGAGAUGCGCAAUACGGGCUCCCUAGAUACACUCUCCUAAGGAAGAGCUAAGAAGGAAAUGUAAAUCUAAUAUAUAUUUAUAUUUGAUGUACUAUGGGCAUCUUCAGACUCUAAUAAACAACAAGGACAGUUGCUGAGAGUAGGCUGUGACAUUCCCUCUUGUGAAAUGGUUUCCUUGACAAAAUUUAAGCUGAGCUUAAAAGCAAAAGCAGAAAUAUUUAUUAGUCUGGAGUAGAGUUUAUCGCUCUGCAUGUGUGGAGUUUGAUGGGGAAGUCAUGAAGGCGUGUACCACCAUGGACAUGUGUUGAGCCUGCGCAUUGGGGCAGACUCCACCAUGUGGACAAGCAGUACGUGGCAUGGCAGGUGUGCUCAUGCGUCCUUCCUUUGCACCUGCGCACUGAGUGGAAGCCAGGAAGGGCUCCUUACCGAGCCUCAGCUAUCAUCUGUCUCUGAUGAUGGUUCACAUUGAAUGCACAGACCAGGAAUUCAGUGAAUGUCAUUUUUUAAAACUAAUUUGUAUCGUCUGCUCUACUGAUCCAGGUCUUACUAGUGUUAAACUAUUUUGAUCAGCCACACUAUUCUUAUGGAAAAAAAUCUAUUUUGGCAGGUUCCUGUGCCUUUAUUGCCCUCUUCUGAAAAAAAAAAAAAAAAAAGUGUCUCUGUAGUUUGGUUUGCGUUGUACAUCAGUAAUUAAUCAGGAAUGGGCUUUGGUGCCUGAGAAGCUGGCCAAGGAGGCACACCAAAGCUUCAAGCACAAGUCUUGUACAUACGCCAUCACCGAGGGGUUUCACCUUGUAUGUUUCCUAAACCUGUCUAGCUUUUUUGACAAAUGCUGCAAUCCCAUACUUCCGAGUCCCUUGUGGUGGCAGCAAUACAGGCAUCUUCUAAGGGACCCGUGACAACCAGCCAUGAGCAGGUGGAUAACGACCGUCUGCUCCCUCUCUAAGAACUCGGCCACACCGUGCCAAAAGAAGCUGAGUUUUCUUCAUGCUUCCACGUCUCCCUUCCCUUUCAAAUCCCAAAAUAGGAAUUUACAUAGGAAUGUGAGAUGUGGUACCUGCCUUUUAGGGAGAGAUCAAAACUAAACUAGUAUCACAAAUAUCCGUUCAGAUGUUGGGUCAAGAAAUCUGUGUACUUAAUGGGCUGUCGUUGUCCACCUUGCCUUGGGGUUGGAAGUCACAUCCCUUGCUGAGUACAUUGCAAGCCAAACUCUGACAGGGUUCUGCAACUAGAAGGGAGUCUAACAUCUACUUCAGCACUGAUUCAAUAAAUGUUAAGUCAACAGAAAAUUUUGAAUAGUUGGAAUUCAUUGUUAUGAGACUUAACUUGUAAAUCAACGAUCUCUCUCUCUCUCUCUCUCUCUCUCUCUCUCUCUCUGUAAUGGUAGCUAAAUAUAUUCCAUGUUAUCACUGUGGAAAUAAAUAUGAAGAUGUGGACGUU